UGGCUUUAUUAGCAAUGGGAGCGGUAGUUCUCUGCCGGCCCUCCCCACUGGAGCCGACCAAAUGCGACAACAGUCACUGUCCACAAGUGGACCCCAAGAUGUUGAACAUACAUCUGGUGCCACACACUCACGAUGACGUCGGAUGGCUCAAGACUGUCGACCAAUACUUCUAUGGCUCGCGAACUAACAUUCAAAAGGCAGGCGUUCAGUAUAUCAUCGAUUCUGUGGUGCAGUCUCUGCUGAGGAAUGAGACUCGAAAGUUCAUAUACGUUGAAACGGCAUUCUUCUGGAAGUGGUGGAAACUACAGACACCUGAACUCCAGGAGAAGGUCAAGAAGUUGGUUAACGAUGGUCAAUUGGAGUUCAUAAACGGUGGCUGGUGCAUGAAUGAUGAGGCGGCUGCACACUACCAGUCCAUUGUGGAUCAGAUGACAUGGGGUCACCGGCGUCUACAGGACACGUUUGGCACGUGUGGUAUACCUAAGAUCGGGUGGCAGAUCGACCCCUUUGGUCACAGUCGAGAACAGGCGUCCCUUUUCGCACAGAUAGGCUUUGAUGGUCUGUUUCUACAGCGUCUGGAUUAUGACGACCAGAAUAAGAGAAAGGCUGAGAAGAGGAUGGAGUUGAUAUGGCAGGGAAGUGAUGACUUGGGAAGCUUUGAUGGUCUGUUUCUACAGCGUCUGGAUUAUGACGACCAGAAUAAGAGAAAGGCUGAGAAGAGGAUGGAGUUGAUAUGGCAGGGAAGUGAUGACUUGGGAAGUGCUGCCGAUAUGUUCACACACGCCAUGGAAAUGGGUUACGGUCCACCAUCGGGGUUAAAUUGGGAGUUAGCUGGUAAUAGCUUCAAUCAGGGUAAUGAUGAUCCUAUUAUAGAUGAUCCUGAAUCUGAAGAUUAUAAUGUGGAUAAAACUGUUGAUUGGUUUAUAAAUUAUGCGAAACAGUAUUCAAAUAACUACGCUACUAAUAACAUACUGUUCCCAAUGGGAACCGACUUCUACUACCAGUCGGCUGAACCUUAUUUUAAGAAUAUGGAUAAACUUAUCAAAUAUGUGAACGAAAGGAAAGCCAAGGGGUCCAACAUUAACGCAUUUUACUCCACUCCUACCUGUUAUAUGCAUGGCAUACAUCUCUCUAACUAUACUUUUACCACAAAAAAGGACGACUUCUUCCCCUAUGCGACGGCUCCGCACUCUUUCUUCACGGGAUAUUUCACGAGUAGACCCGCUUUGAAACGAUAUGAAAAAGUGGGCAAUAAUUUCCUUCAAACCUGUAAACAGUUGGAUGUCUUAAGUCUUGGAAACGGGAAGAAUGAAGAAAAGAUGACGGCUUUGAGGGAAUGGAUGGGUGUUUUGCAACAUCACGACGCUAUCACUGGUACAGAGAGCCAACAUGUCGCCGAUAAUUACGCUCUUAUUCUGUAUAAAAGUAUAGAAAAAUGCAAAUCAGUUGUCAAUCAGUCACUGAAUACAUUGAUUGCAAAAUCUGAUCCGACAUUAAAUCAAUUAUUUUGUAACGCUUUGAAUGUGAGCGCCUGUGCUGUCACUGAAGGCACUGAUAAUCUGGCGGUUACUAUAUAUAACCCUUUCGGACAUAAUGUCAAUCCAGUUAUCAGACUACCCGUCACUACAAAGAAUUAUAAAGUGUUGGAUCCAAAGGGAAAAGAUGUCAAAUCAGAUAUCGUUCCCAUUCCUCCGGCUGUACUGAAUUUGGCGGAAAGGGUUAGUAAAGCAAAGGAUGAACUUGUGUUUAAGGCCGAAUUACCUGCACUUGGAUUCGCUACUUAUUUGUUGAAAGCAAACGGACCACAGAAUGGAGUAAAUGAAGCGAAAGUGACUAAAAUAACGGAAGCUUUUAAUAUAAAAUCUAAAUCUUUAAACAUUUUAUUCGACAAAACGGGUGCUUUGAAUGCAAUUCAGUUAAAGGAUGGAAAAGUAGUUGAUUUUAAGCAGAACUUUGAGUACUAUAAGGCUCACGAUGACCAUUCAGGGGAAGACCAUCAACCAUCUGGAGCUUAUAUAUUACGAUCAGAUGGUGACACACCUGUUAUCUAUGAAACAGGACUUCAAUCAGAAUUAGUUGAGACAUCAGACGCUAAAGAAGUUUAUCAGAAAGUGAAUGAAUACAUAUCACAAGUCAUAAGAAUUUCCGAAAAUAGUGAUGUCAUUGAACUGGACUUCACUGUCGGACCCAUUCCUGUAGACAACAAGAUCGGCAAAGAGAUUAUCUCUCGAUGGGAGACAAACCUCACCACAAAUGGUCUCUUUUAUACCGACGCCAAUGGACGACAACUUCUGGAGCGAAAGCGUGACUUCAGGCCGACGUGGAAACUGACUGUCAAUGAAGAGAUCGCCGGAAACUACUAUCCCGUCAACAGUCGUAUUGCUAUGAAAGAUGUCAAACAAGACAUUCAAAUGACUGUUUUGAACGACAGAUCACAGGGAGGAUCGAGUAUUAAAGACGGAAGCGUUGAGCUUAUGGUUCAUAGAAGAGAUCUUUUUGAUGAUGUAUUUGGUGUCGCAGAAGCACUCAAUGAGCCGGGAUUUGAUGGAAAGGGUCUCCAAAUUAUGGGUAAAUUUUGGAUUCACUUCACGAGUAUAGCCGAAGCGGCCGAAGCGCACAGAGAGACGGCAUUUGAUAUCCUUAUGGAGCCGUCCCUUACUUUUGCCAAAUAUAGCGGUUCUGAAGAGGAAUACCUGAAGAGCCAUAAAACCCAAUACUCGGGUCUCACCAAAGAGUUGCCAAAAAAUGUUCACUUAUUAACGUUAGAGCAGUGGAAGGGGUCGUCAUAUUUGCUACGAUUGGAGCACUUCUACCAACAAAACGAAUCGCAAACUCUGUCCAAACCGGUAACCCUUGACCUCAAAGACCUCUUCACNAUUAACUGGAAGGGGUCGUCAUAUUUGCUACGAUUGGAGCACUUCUACCAACAAAACGAAUCGCAAACUCUGUCCAAACCGGUAACCCUUGACCUCAAAGACCUCUUCACCCCAUUUGUGGUGACAAAAGCAGUGGAGACGACAUUGAGUGCGUGA